UCAGUAUCUGGAUUCUCUCUCUCUCUCUAUCCGUAAAGUGAGAACUCUCUCUCAGUUUCAGUCAUUAAUUGUAUAUACGUAUAUAUAUAUAUAUAUUAUAUAUAAUCGAGAUGAUGCUUCAUUAGGGUUUCAUAUGCAAGCCAUUUCCAAUUUGUCUCAAAUUGAGCUUAAGGAUUGUUUCUUAGUGUUGAACAAAGCUAGGUAUUGCUGAAUUUGACCAUCGACCGUUCGAUCUGUAAUGGAUUCCAAGGACGCAAGGAGAGAUGUUACCUAUUCGGCGGACGAUGAAGAAGAUUUAUAUGUAAGAGCGGCGUUAACUAAGGAUGCUAUCUUGUCAUUUCAUUCGGGGAAAUUCGCUGAAUGUGUCGAUGUAUUGAAUCAACUCUUGCUCAAGAAAGAAGACGAUCCACAGGUUCUUCAUAAUCUUGCUAUAGCAAAAUACUUUCAAGAAGGAUGUUCAGAUCCUAAGAAGUUACUUGAAGUGCUCAGUAGUAUCAAGAAAAGAAGUGAGGAACUUGGUUGCGUAUCUGGAGAACAAGUAGAGGCUGGUAGCAAUUCUGGAACUAAAGGAGUUACAGGAUCCAAGGCCACUAAUUUGCAAGCUGGUUCAGUAUUGAUGUUAAAUAUAGCUGUUAUCUUAUUUCAUCUUCAUGAAUAUGCUAAGGCAUGCACCAUUCUGGAUACUUUGUAUCAGAAGAUUGAACCAGUUGAUGAGUCAACUGCCCUUCAUAUUUGCCUUCUAUUCCUGGAUGUCUUACUUGCUUUGCCGGAUCUAUCGAAGUUCAUUGAUGUUAUCAACUAUGUGGAUAAAGCUUAUUGUAAUGUCACUGGUCAAACUGAUAAUGGAAAUUCAGCUCAGGAACAAUCUUCCAAUACAGUAACCAAGUCUUCUUCCCUACCAAUCAAUACAACCAUCUCAGAUACUUCCAAUGAUGAUUCAGCAGCAGUUACGGGGAAUUCAUCUGAAAUCCUUUUAUCCCGAACCUUAUCUGAAGAGAAUCUUGAAAGCCUGAUUUGGACAAUUGACAUGAAUGGACAGAGUACAAUGAGAACCCUAAUGACCAAUGAUGUCCAAUCGGAUAAACACAUUUCUACUAAUGAACUCAAGCUUAAGCUUCAUUUAUACAAGGUCCGGUUUCUUCUGUUAGUCAGGAAUCUCAAAAGCGCUAAACGCGAAAUUAAGACCGCGAUGUCAAUGAAUAUAGCAAGCGAGCAAGAUUCCUCCAUUGCACUUAUCUUAAAGUCCCAACUUGAAUCCGCUCGAGGCAAUUACCAAAAAUCCAUCAAGCUUCUGAUGGCGUCAAAUAAUCGGACAGAACUGGGGAUGAUUUCAUCGAGUAUUUACAAUAACAACCUUGGAUGCAUCUAUUAUCGGCUAGGAAAAUACCAUACAUCUUCUAUAUUCUUUUCCAGAGCUCUGAGUAACAAUUCGCUUCUCCGUAAGGAAAAGCCCUUGACGCUCUCGACAUUCUCUCAAGACAAAUCUCUUCAGAUAACCUAUAAUUGCGGUCUUCAGUACUUGGCUUGCGGGAAGCCAUUGCUUGCUGCACGCUGUUUCCACAAGGCUAGUUUAAUCUACCAUAAUAAGCCCCUGUUGUGGCUUCGAAUUGCUGAAUGUUGUCUAAUGGCGCUCGAGAAGGGACUUCUGAAUCGCGAAAAGUCGGAAAUUAAACUUCAUGUCGUCGGGCAAGGUAAGUGGAGGCAAAUUUCUGUGGAAGAUGGUGUGUCAGACUUUGUCAGAAGCGGUUGGGUUCUGGGAAAUGAUAAACAGCCUGAACUUACGAUUUUCCUGGCAAAGCAAUGUUUGCUAAAUGCUUUAUGUUUGUUAGAUGCAAAAGAACAAUCAGACGAGCUGAUAAUGAUCAAACAAGCUAUUCUUGUCGAUCUAUCAUAUGUAGAGCUAGAACUAGGGAACCCUUUGAAAGCACUGACGAAUGCGAGAUCUCUACUGCAAAUUCCAGAUUGUUCUAAGAUUAACAUCUUUCUUGGAAAUGUAUAUGCAGCGGAAUCGCUCUGUUUGUUAAACCGGCCUAAGGAAGCAGCUGAGCAUUUGUUAGCGUAUCUAUCUAAAGGUGGGAAAUUCGAAGUUCCAUAUACUGACGAUGAUUGUCAGAAAUGGAGGGUGGAAUCGAAUGUUGUGAUUCUCGAGCCUCAAGAGGCUUGUGGGACUCUUUACGCGAGCUUAGCGUAUUUAUUGGCAGUACAGGGAGAUUUGGAGCAGGCGGAGCGAUUUGUAAUGAAAGCAUUAACAAUGAUACCUAAUAACCCGGAAAUUAUUCUAACUGCCGUCUAUGUCGAUUUAGCGAGUGGUAGGAUGGUUGAAGGUCUUGCGAGAUUGAAAGAAAGUAGCCAUGCUAGGUUCCUACCAAGCAAGUUGGAGAUAAAAGGAUCAUGGUAGGUUUUUAGGGUUUACAUUUUGUAACAUUUACUUUUAUUUACAGACAGACAAGAGAGUAAGGAUUUCGAUUUUGUUCUGUCUUUCUAGCAAUUUACAUGAUCAUGAUGAUGAUCAUGAUGUUGAUGAUGGUUUAAGGUUUUGUGAUUAGUCACUGUUUUUUAUUUUUAAAUUGGUAGCAGAUCAGUGAACUAUUUUAUUUUCUUCAAAUUUUAAUAUAGACAUGUAGCUUCAUUUUUCA